AUGGCCAAGAACGAUGCUGUAAUUCAGAGUCAAGCGGCAUCUUUGAGGAAUCUAGAAACUCAGCUGGGGCAACUUGCUAAUGAGCUAAGGAAUAGACCACAAGGCACUUUGCCUAGUGAUACAGAAAAUCCAAGAAGAGAUGGCAAGGAGCAUUGCAAGGCGGUUACCUUGAGAAGUGGCAAAAAUGUGGAACUUACUGAGGAUAAUUGUGCCAGAAACAGCGAGCCCACUUCAAUCCAAAGUAGUGGGGACAAAGGAGACAAAGCUGUGAAAUCAAAAGAAUUAAAUGCUGAUCCUGAAGCAAUUGCUGCAGCAAUUCCUCCGCAAAACGCUACAGGAGAGUCUACAAGCAAGCCACCUCCACCAUUUCCUCAACGCUUUCAAAGGCAGCAACAAAAUAGUCAAUUCCGCAGAUUUUUAGAUGUCUUGAAACAACUUCACAUCAAUAUACCAUUAGUGGAAGCUUUGGAGCAAAUGCCCAACUAUGUGAAGUUUUUGAAAGAUAUUUUAACUAAAAAGAGGAGGCUUGGUGAAUUUGAAACAGUGGCGUUGACUGAAGGCUGUAGUUCUAUAUUGAAGAGUAAAAUUCCUCCUAAAUUGAAGGAUCCGGGCAGCUUCACAAUUCCUUGUUCUAUUGGUGGUAGAGACGUUGGUAGAGCACUUUGUGACUUGGGGGCUAGUAUCAAUUUGAUGCCCAUGUCAAUUUUCAAGAAGUUGGGGAUUGGAGAAGCAAGACCAACCACAGUGACUUUGCAAUUAGCGGAUCGUUCUAUGGCGCACCCCGGAAGGAAAAAUUGA